AUGGCCUCCUCCUCCUCCUCCUCCCGCCGCGCCGCGGCUGGCGACGACGACGAGGAGCCAUACUUGCUGGGCUUCAUCAUCGCCAAGAUCGCGGGCCUCCGGCAUCACAGGGGCCGCUACACCAUCAGCGGCCGCGAGAACGUCGGCCUCGUCCGGGAGCCCCUCAACGCCCACGACGCCAACGCCAUCCGCGUCGACAACAGCCGGGGCGUGCAGGCCGGGUACGUCGACCGCGCCACCGCCGCCGUCCUGGCCCCGCUCCUCGACGGCCGCCACCUCGCCGCCGCCCACGGCAUCGUCCCCGCGUCGGCCGCCAGGUACGCCCGCGCCGCGCACCAGGUCCCCUUCCAGGUCCACCUCUUCGCCCGCCCGGCCGCGGCCGCGCUCGCCGCCGCCGCGCUCGCCGCCUCCGGGCUCGACCUCAUCCACGUCGACCACCCCGAGUUCGCGCUCUCCGAGUCCGCCAUCGUGCAGGAGCAGACCAAGAAGUCUCAGGGGGAUGUCGAUAGGCUGUUCUCUCGUGUGGGAGAGGAGAGGAAAUCUCGGGUUGAUCCAAUGGAGGCGCCGGGGGACGUGGUGGUGUCCCAACUGUUCGACCACCAGAAGGCGGCAUUGGGUUGGCUGGUGCACCGUGAGGAGUCAUGCGACCUACCACCGUUCUGGGAAGAAGAUGAAGAUGGUGGUUUUCAGAAUGUUCUUACCAAUCAGAAGACGGAUGAGAGACCGCCGCCAUUAAAAGGUGGGAUUUUCGCUGAUGAUAUGGGGCUAGGGAAGACUCUCACGCUGUUGUCACUGAUUGGAAUGAGUAAAGCUCGCAAUGUGGGUGGGAAGAAGGCUAGAGGGGUGAAGAGGAGGAAGGUUGAAGGCGCAGAGGAGUCACGAACAACGCUUGUGGUGUGCCCGCCAUCAGUGUUCUCAUCUUGGGUGACACAACUGGAGGAGCACACGAAAGUUGGUAGCUUGAAGACGUAUUUGUACCAUGGAGAGCGGACAAAAGAGAAGAAAGAGCUGUUGAAACAUGACAUAGUGAUUACCAGCUACAGCACCUUGGGGCAAGAAUUUGAGCAGGAGAACUCACCGGUGAAGGAUAUUGAGUGGUUCCGUGUGAUUCUGGAUGAGGCCCAUGUGAUUAAGAACUCUGCAGCACGGCAAACCAAGGCGGUCAUUGCUUUGAACGCAGAGAGGCGGUGGGUGGUCACAGGGACACCGAUUCAGAACAGUUCAUUUGAUCUGUACCCACUCAUGGCAUUUUUGAGAUUCCAGCCAUUCUCAAUCAAGAGUUACUGGCAGAGUUUGAUCCAGCUCCCCUUAGAGAGAAAGAAUAAUGGAACUGGGUUGGCACGAUUGCAGAGCCUCCUAGGUGCUAUUUCACUGCGCAGAACCAAGGAGACAGAGGGUGGAAGCAAAAGCAUGGUCAGCAUUCCGCGUAAAACUGUUUUAGCCUGUUAUAUUGACCUUUCUGCAGAGGAACGUGAGUACUAUGACCAAAUGGAAUUGGAAGGGAAAAACAAACUGCGGGAGUUUGGUGACAAGGAUUCAAUUUUGCGUAAUUACUCUACCGUGCUUUAUUUUAUUCUGAGGCUCCGCCAGCUCUGCAAUGAUGUUGCACUAUGCCCGUUAGACAUAAAAUCAUGGCUGCCUGGCAGUGGCAGCUCCCUUGAAGAUGUGUCUAAAAACCCAGAGCUGCUGAAGAAGCUGGCCUCAUUGGUUGAUGAUGGAGAUGACUUCGAAUGUCCAAUUUGCCUCUCUCCACCUGUGAAAACCAUCAUAACAAGCUGCACACACAUAUACUGCCAAACUUGCAUCAUGAAAAUCCUCAAGAGCUCUAGUUCCCGCUGUCCAAUAUGUCGGCGCUCCCUAUGUAAAGAAGACCUCUUUAUUGCUCCAGAGGUUAAACAUCCUGAUGAAGAUUCCUCAGUCAAUCUUGAUAGACCUCUUUCUUCCAAGGUGCAAGCCUUGCUGAAACUACUGAGGCGUGCUGCAAAGGAAGACCCUUCAUCGAAGUCAGUUGUUUUUUCUCAGUUCAGGAAGAUGCUGAUCUUGCUUGAAGGGCCACUGAAAGCAGCAGGCUUUAACAUACUAAGACUCGAUGGCUCUAUGAGCGCAAAGAAGAGGUCAGAAGUUAUUCAGAAAUUCGGACGCAUUGGCCCUGACACUCCAACCGUGCUGCUGGCCAGCCUGAAGGCCGCAGGCGCUGGCGUGAACCUGACUGUGGCAUCGACGGUGUACCUCUUUGAUCCAUGGUGGAACCCCGGGGUGGAGGAGCAGGCCAUGGACAGGGUGCACCGGAUUGGGCAGACCAAGGAAGUGAAGGUGGUGAGGCUGAUUGUGAAGGAUAGCAUCGAAGAGAGGAUGCUGGAGCUGCAGGAGAGGAAAAGGGAGCUGAUUAGCGGCGCUUUUGGCAGGAAGAAAGGAGGGAAGGAGUACAAGGAGAUCCGUGUUGAGGAGCUCCAGAUGAUGAUGGGCAUGAAAUGAAACCAUAGGUGACUCUCGCUGACAGCACCUUAGCAUUCACUACAUCCUUGAGUACACAAAAACUACAGGUGCAUGUAAAUUUUGUCCAUUUGUGGUGGUGAACAUGCACGGCAGAAUAGAGAGCAUCUGGCACCCUCUCCCUUUUUGCAUACCAUCUUGAUUAGUGUUAGCAUGGUAGAACUAGAAGACUGUUGAUGCAUGUAUGCAUGUGGAACGGUGGAUGGAAGAGGAUAGUGCAAAGAUGUGAUUUCUGUUGAUUUGUUGAAUUCUGUAUGGAUGAAUGACGUUGGUGU